CCAUAAAAAACCAUCCACAAAUAAAUAUUUUAUUCAAUAAUGCUGGAAUUAUGCGUCAAAUACCGAUUGACGCUGUAAAUUCCUCCUGGUCAGAUAUGGAACAGGAAAUUCAAAUAAAUUUAAGUGCGCCAAUACAUCUGUGUAAACUUUUUCUUCCGUAUUUCAAAAAACAACAAGAGACAUCAGCAAUUAUCAAUGUUUCAUCAGGUCUAGCAUUCAUUCCACCGUCAUAGGCACCAGUGUACGGUGCAACGAAAGCCGGUAUUCAUUCGUUUACAAUGAGUUUACGUUUCAAUUUAACAAGUGAAAACUCAUCAGUACAAGUUUAUGAGAUUUUACCACCAAAAGUGAAAACAAAUCUUGAUCCCAAUUCAAAUAUUGGUGAAGAUUUAAAUGAAUUUGUUCAACAUGCAUUCACAGGUUUAGUCAAUGGACAACAGGAAAUUGGCAUGAAGAUGUCAGACACUGCAAGAAAAGCAACACGAUCUGAAAUCGAUGAAACAUUUCAAAAGAUGGAUGCAGUGUACAAACAAAUGUUAAGUCAAUAA